AUGUAUAAGGUUCUCCGUUCCUAUACAAAAAAAGCAGAGCGGAAACAUGAAUUAACUCGAUCAGGAGCCACCGGAUCUGACAAUGUCAAUGGCUUUUCGGCUGGUGAAACAUGUUUUAAUACAUCAUCUCACAUAUCGGGGAUGGGUGCUAAUGUGGAAGAUACACGUAAUGGCCAAGUGAUGCCGAUGGAUCGGAAUGGACGCAUCGAAACUAUAUGGCCUGUUGGACAAGCCUUCUCUGAAAGUUCUUCAUACGAAACUCGAGAACAUUUUGAACGUAAAGUUCAACGUGUUAAGAAAACACGUGGUGAACGCGACAGUAAUCGAAAGUCAAAGAAAAACAAAGUAUCAGAAGCACUCUCAAGCACAGAUGGCGUUUCAGCGCGUGAUGCUUUAUUGCAAUGGGCACAGGAUGUUACACGUGGAUAUCCAGGCGUCAAUAUACGCAAUUUUACUAGUAGUUGGAGAGAUGGCUUAGCAUUCAAUGCUAUCCUGCAUCGUUAUAGACCAAACCUAAUUCAGUGGAAUAGAGUAUGUCUUUUAUUAUAUCUUCAAAAUUAA